UUUCAAGUGUGGGCCUUCCUGUUCCUCCGCCGAAAACGGCCAGCAUGUCGGCUGCCCAUCAGGGCAGCGGCGCGAACCGGUGAAGGCGCGAGAGGCCGACUUCGCACCGUCUCGGCGCGUCCCACUGGGCGCCGUCGGAUGCCCGACAUGGAACAGCUGACGGAGUUCGUGUCCAAGUCGUUCACACUCGACCGGGCCGUCGGCUUGCCGGCGCCUCCUCAUCCGCCCGUGGGCGCACCGCCCGUCUUGGCCGCCGUGACUGCGGUGAAAGCAGCCGCCGGCGGCCCUCACGGCGGCGGCCGCAGCGUGCAGUCGGCGCGGAGCCUCAACUUCACGGCCCAGAACCUGGCCACGUCCUCGCUGCGCGAGAGGACCCCGCCACCACUGCAGCCGGCGCUCGUAGUGCCUGCCUCCUCGUCGUCUCCGCCGGCAAGCGGCGCGGAGGGGUCGUCCUCUCGCCGCAGGUCUUCGAGCGACGCCGAGCUCGACAAGGAGGACGACGACGACUCGAGGGGCAGUCCCGACUGCUGCUCUCCGGAACCCGAUGGCCUGAGCAAGCUGGCAGCAUUGCCUGGUGGUCGGCCGGCGAUACCAGCAUCUUCCUCGCCUCCUCGACGGCCGGAGAUGCCGUCGUCUGAAAGAAAGUCAGACGUGCACCAUCCUCCUUCUCUUUCAAUCGGUUCUGGACCACCGAGACUCAAGGAGGAGUCCGUCUGCACCCCCGGCAGCAACGGCGGCAACGUGAGCAACGGAAGCAGCAGCGGUGGUGGCAGUGGCUGCGGAGGCAGCAGCAGCAGCAGCAGCAAGGUUAAGCAGCGUCGAUCGCGCACCAACUUCACGCUGGAGCAGUUGAACGAGCUGGAGAGACUGUUCGACGAGACGCAUUACCCAGACGCAUUCAUGCGUGAAGAGUUGUCCCAGAGGCUAGGACUGUCCGAGGCCAGGGUUCAGGUGUGGUUUCAAAAUCGCAGAGCAAAGUGCAGGAAACACGAGAGCCAGAUGCAGAAGAGCCUCAUGAUGGCGACAAGUACACCAAUCGAGUCGUCGCGCAUCGCGCCCUACAUCAGCGUCAGCGCGACGCCCCCACCGCCACCGCCGCCGCAGGCGGCCAGGCUUUCGACGGAGCGGCUCUUCCUGCCGCCGCACUCUGCCGCUGCCACCGUUGCCGUCAGCGGCGCGGCGGGUAGCAGAGGAGGCGGCGGAACGGCAGCGGCUGCCGCCGCUGCCGCAGCAGCCGCGGCCACGUUUCUCCCGUACGCCGCCGACCCUACGGGACUUCUCGCUGCCGCGCACCACUACUCGGCGGUGGCCGCUGCGGCGGCAGCUGCCGUCGCGUCAGGCCACGCACCGCCGCCCGUUCCGGCGCCUCCUCAUCCGCCUUCCUCGGCCGCGGCUGCCGCCGCUGCGGCGAGCCUACUGUUCUACCCGGCACACAUGCCGUUUCCCGGCGGGCUGACCACUGCGCUGAUGGCUGCCGAGAGGCUAACCACCAAGAACUCCAGCAUCGCCGACCUGCGGCUGAAGGCUCAGAAACACGCGGCUGCUCUGGGCCUGUGACGCAGGCUGGCGUCGCCACCGCUGCAGCCGUUGGACCCGCUCCGCUGCCGCCAUCGGAGGCGUAAACUGUGAAGGGCGAUUACGUAACCGGCCCUGCUGGAGCCGUUGUCGUUCGCGGCGGCCCUGAGACGAAGACGCCCGGGUCGUUACGCCGGGACUCACUCAUGGCCUUGAGAAGAGAAACGCCGCCGAAAGAAAUGUGUUGGACAGCUCUCAAUUUUGGCGAUGUGAGGUUACAGAAAACAUAACCUCGUUGCCGGGAACAUGACGCUGUGCGCGUCCGAUGUUAGUGCUACUCGUGAAGGCACGCGCCACGCUUGACGUGGAAUGCUUUCCGGUACCCACAGGAACCUGCUGUUCGCUGAAUGUUGCGCAACUUCAGACGGCCUGUGUUGGACGUGUUUCACUUGCACGCUGAAAUCUUCUGUGAUGCGCUAGUUCCCUUGCUGCGCCUCAGGCAAGCGGUAAGGGCUACGAAGGGAGCGGUGUGCGCAAUGCAUUUAUGCUAAAGGGGCACGCCCUACGAUUCGCCAUACAAUUUAGCUUCUCCACAGUGUGAACUUGAUGCCUCGUGAGAUGACUGAGAUUAUAGCGUCCAAUGAUUCAGGAAACAUCGCCAGAAAACCGAUGUUUGUUAUUUAUUAGGGCGUGUGUCCAAAAGAAUGCUGCUGCACACACACACGCGCGCGCGCGCACGCACACCCACAAACACACACAAAACUGCUCAAUCUGACCGUUGACAGCAGAGCAUCAUUGUCUUUCGGAAGUUCGUUGGCAAACUCUUGUUGGCAGCUGCCCUGUAAUCAAGCUAGUGGUUUAGUAAGAUUAUUUCACUACUUGCUGCUUUGUCCAAAUAGGCUAUUUAUAAGGAAGAAUAGGCUGCUCUGUAGCUCCCUACACGCAAAUUACACCAUGCAUUCACUGUUUGUUGCGUGUAAGCAAGUGGAAAAUUUUAAAAAAAUGAACAUGCGCACCAUGAAAGCGAAAGGAGACAGAAUGUUAAGAAAAAGUUUGAACAGAUUCUGCAAAGAAUGUAAGUGGCGAGGUCCGUAAACGUAGCCAUAAACUCUGAUACCCAAGACUACGCUCUUUAGGGAGUUGCCUGCCAAAGCUUGCGAGAUCUUCAUCGACGACAAGUCAAAUCGCUACCAAUGGUGGUUUAAUCUUUAUGAGAGCGUGGACGAACAUUCGUAGCCGUAUCGACGCGUAAAUGGAGCUAUUUGGUGCCGUGAAGGUCUGCAAGGACUCCCCUCACUUCGAAAAAAAAAUACAUUUUUUUUUAAAUUAAAAGCGAAGUUCGGUGGCAGUGCCCAAGGAAAUCAGCAGGUUGGCGCAUGAAAACCGAAAGAAACCGGCUAUCUGCAACCGUAAGUGCUGCUCAAAAGUGGGACCUGUCUCGAUUCGGCGACAAAGAUUUCACGUUGGGCAUAUCGAUAUGCGCGUUUGCCUCUUCCAAAUGUAAUUCUGGACAAAAUAGCUGUAUGGUAUUUUUAAUAGGUUUUAGUUCGAGAAUAUGCACAACAUAUUCUUUCUUUUUCUUGCUCACCAGUACUAUUGACGUCCUUCUGAACAUCGCGCGAAAAUCACGCAAUUUGCAUGUAGCGAUAUCGGGGAAAAGAAAACCACUCAUAAAUACAAAUAACUACGGUGCUUGAGGGAGACAUGAUCAAUUAUAUUCGUAUGCUUAAAUCCGCUGAUAAAUGUACAGUCAGUACUGCGCGUAUGCUUUUCUUCUGAUUGAAGAAAUGCCUUACUGAUGAAAGCCCGCUAUUACUUGAACGCUCCACGGAAAGCAUAUCUUUCUUUCAUUUUUUCUUGCCCGGAAACGCUGCAAGUGUAGACAGGAACACUGUCAACAAGUUGUGCUUGGAACAAAAUUUUAGCAUCGAGUGGUAUCGAAAACAUAAAUCAAUUAUCAAUUUUGCAUGUGCGUAAGUGUUAUAUGAACAAACGACACUUGAUAUAUAAAAAGAAGAGAUACUAAUGUUAGUUUAAUUAUCUCUAGAGCUUCGAAUAAUGUGUGCUAAUGUACUAGUAUAAUAUUUGUGUGAAUUUCUAGCUCUGUCUAUUCGCUUCAGAAAGAAUAAAUACCGUCCCCGGCCAUGUGAGAAAUGCAAGGAAAUGACGUUGCGGGACCCCUGCGGCUUUCUUGUUCACAUCUCAGGAAACAUGUUUGAACGAAUAAAUUUUGGCCACCGAACCUGUAAAAAAAAAGGAAGAAAAAAUAAAGUUGCUUGUUCACAUCUCAGGAAGCAUGUUAGAAAGAAUGCAUUGGAGUCACCGGCUCAGUCAGAAAAUGCAAAAAAAAAAUGACGUUUCAUGUAUAUAUAUGCUUCAAUAUGCUGCUUCAGUCAAUUAAUCAAAAAGGGAACUUUAUUACAUGUAGGUGAAGAUCAAGGGAUCACGGUAAGGGGCCUUACUAGAUCCAGUAAGCGCAAGCAAAAAAGAUAUUUGUAAUAUUAUUUAUACUUACUGGUUGAAAGAAUGUAACAAGAGCAACGUAACUUCGCGCUGCAGGUGAUGUAACGGUAAUCAGUGGUUCUAAGCACGUGAUAGCACAAACCAGUGGCGCUCGUGCCUGGCCAGUUCAAGGCCACAAAGCCGUUUCCUGCACCGUUAGCUUCGGUCCUUCCUCUCGUGCUUCGACAUUACUUCUACGGUUCCGCGAGGCAUUAGAGGUUUAUCUACUGUUCUUACUCUGGGAAUAUUGAGCGUAUUCCUCACACAUUUAAAAUUGAGAUUUAAAAGGACCCUAAAGAGGUUUAAAAACUGCAUCCAUUCAGACUGAUGAAGUAUUCACCGUAAACUCGAGUUUCGGUAAUUUCGUAGCAGUACGCUGAUUAUUGGACCAAAAAAAUGAAGGCGAUUUUUUUUUUUUUUUUCGCGCGAAACCGCAGCGUCGUUACUCCAUUAGGACGUCGCUAAUUUCGAAGUAUUUCUGCGCAUUCUGGCCGUUGCGAAAUUGCGAAAUUCAGCCCUUGGCUCCUUCAGAUGACAGUUUAGCCAAUCUCUGCAGAUAAGAGAUUAGCUAGGACUGAACAGACGUCGUGAAGGUGCAUGACGUCACGGUGAGCUGGAGCGGAAACUCGGAGGCAGCGUCGCCACCUUUAUUUCGUCAUUGCGGGUUUUCUAAUUUACCAAGCCUCCUUUAACGGUAAGUGGAAAGGCAGGGAGAUUAACCAGGCUGAUCCCAGUUGGCUGUAGCCUGCGCUGUAGUGGAGGAAAAGGGGAGCGAGAAGUUCACAUUUGCAAAGGUUAAUUUAGUGAUACGGCUAUAAUAUUUUUUUUGCAGUGUCCAUUUAUGUUCGAGGCUUCGAGGAGGCCCGAUGAACUCAGCGUGUAUCUAUAGUCACAUCCUACUACUGCAGAUUCUUAUCAUCCCUCCUCAUGUCCCUUUUAUUUAGAGCGCGGUUCUUAGGCGCCCGUUCCUGCGGCGAUCGUCGUCGUGCCUCGGCGUCGUAGCUCGGCGUAACCGAGCGAACGAACGAAGCGAAAAAUGAAAGCGAACGCGGAGUGCAGCGGGGAAUGAAAGACGCGAGGAGGAAAGCGGAGAGAAGGGUGCAGCGGAACCAUGAGGCGGAAAGCGGAGGAGGAGGAGAGUGAGGCUAAAGCGCGAGAAGAAAGGCGUAGUGCUGCGACAGUGGCUACGAGACUGUGCCAGAGUAGCGCGCGUUGUCUGGAAGGUGUACGUGUCGGCGGCGGCUACUGUGAAUCGCGCCCACGCGUCACGCACGCGCUGGCUCGCGAUCUGGAGACUAGCGAGGCAGUCGCGCCUCACUUGGCUCCGUUUGCGACGUGCCGCACGAGACAGAUUGUCCGCGCCAGCCAAUAUAUCGCGAAACGAAAACACAAGCAGAGCUCCGCUCAAAUUUCGCAUUACAGGGUGUAUCGUAAUCGUGGGUGAAUUUUUUUUCUCCUCUUCUUUUUCCCUUUUCGCAGAAUGUUAGGCUAGAGGGCGGUACCUCCCCUUUCUAUACUUCUCUCCCUCUCUUACCUGCACACGCGCUCUCAUUUCCCAGUGGCUCCUCUUAUCUUCUGGUAAAUGUGCAUUCACCCUUCAGAAAGAACGGUCGCGGUAGCGCCUUGUAGUGGUUGGUUGCAGCAACAUGAUGAUAAAAUGGCAUCAUGCUGGCGGCUUUAGCCAAUGCCACCUACGGUUUAGCCUGGCAACCAAGGCCGGUGAUUUCUCCGCCCGAGCGCCUCUUACAAUGCUUUGCUGCGGUACGUCACCACAUGCCCAUCGAACCGGUCGCACUACAUCGGGCUGAUUGGCGUUGGCGUCACUGGUUUGCCAUAACACGUAAUCACCACCUCCUUUUACCGUGGUAUUUGCAGUCCGAGACUGCACUGAAUAUUGCGUGCGUUUUCAACAGGUCGAUUUAAAGAAUGAUAUAAUUAAUACUUUGUUGUACGCUGGAACAAUUGAGGCUUCACGACCGUUAUCGCUAGGUCGGAAGUUGUCCGCCAAAGAGCAAAAUAAUACGCGUACGCACCCUCCUCACCCCCCCCCUUUUUUUUUAGAGCUCCAAGCUUUCUCGUCUUUUUUAAAAGAUUUGUCAACGUUAGUUAUAAUAUAGAGUUAUAAGAUAUUCGAUAUUAGCAUGAUCAUACACGUAAUUGUGCGUCCAUGUCAGCCACAUAAUGUUCAAGAAAGAGCGGAAAUGUGGUCCAUUAGUCCAAUGGCCAGUUGGGAUGAAGACUCACACGAUGCAGAUGAUGUCAGCGAACGGCAUGCAGCCCGCUGCAGGUUUUCCUCCCACACUAGCGCAAUCAGAAUGCAUUAAACAGUGAGGAUCGAGGUCGACAGAGAUAUCACGUGGCCAAGUUGGGUUAUCAGGGCUGUGUGUGCGUUACCACGAUCGGCGAUGUCUAUCAUUGUUCCGAAGCAAUCAAUGCAAACAAGAAUGUAUAAGUGAUACGAUGCCACUCCAUUUGAGCCCCCGGACAUUGUAGCCUGAAAGGCGAAAUGUUCACAAGAUGGUGAAUUUUGCUGCCGGCACUAUCGAUGGUCGUUUAUCUAAAAAAAAAAAAAAACUAAAGAUCCAUCGUGACCUCUGUGCUUCUCGUGGCGUGAAACAUCAUAGCUCCUGAAUUUCGCGGAGAAACGAAAGGCAUGUUUCCUAUGAAGUGGUGGUGUUGAUGAUUAGGUGCAUUUGCAUAAGGCACUUUAAUAAGCGGGCACUUUCCGUCUUUCUGCCUGACUUGUGUGUGCAAAGAAAUUAUGCGUAAGCAAUGCGGUUUCCAGAUACGUCAUUGCUAAAUUGUAAUAUACGAUGUGCUCAUCUUCACUACAAGCUUAACGGAGUUCACGCUGUUUGGCGUUCUUGUUUGUAGAGUUUGCCGACGUUAAUUGCAGCUUUCGCUCUUUACUGGUUCGGGAAUAUAUAAAGAAACAGUGCCAUCCGAUACGUAUAUACUGUAAUUGGUAUGCAAGUUUGCUUGUUUAAGAAAUGAUGUCGGUAUUUCGCCAUAGUUCCUAUACUGUAGACUGACUUUGUACAGUGCUGUUGUUGUGAGCGGCGAUUCCUAUCACCUUGAGUUGACGUCGGAAAAUAAAGCCUAUUAUAGUACU